CUCUCGUCUCCCCGGCAGUGACGGCUGUCAGCGGGCUCAUCGUGGUGCUGCUUUUCUUCUCGGAGCUGCAGUACUACCUCCCCAAGGAGCCGGUGGCCUUGACGACGGGAGCGGGCUGCCCUCCCCCGAGAGCCGCCCUGCGCCGAGGUGCUUCGAUAGCAGGCCGAGACCACAGACCUUGGCAGUCUCCUUUGUGAAGAGGGAUCGCAAGGAACUGUGCUGAUGCUGCAGGGGGAAGUGGAUUACAUUUCAGCGUAACAGCUUCUGUGGCAGCUGGAAACAGUCCUCCUUGUACACCGAACCAAACCCCGCAUUUAGGGUGCUGCAGUGUGCAUCUUGUUCCCUGUCCAGUAUCCGUCACAGUGUACUGACUGGGUCUGCUUCAGACAACAUUCUAACAAAGCCUUUGUGCAAGUAACGUCUGAUGGACGCUCCAGGAAGGCUUACAGAUAGCCGGUUCUUUCUCUGGAGGCUGUUCUUGAGAUGACGAAUGCUACUCUGUUAAUUGGUGUUAUUUCACACCUCAGCAGGCUCUAUGCAUACCAUUUCAGAGCUGGGGAAAGAAGAAGUGUUUGAUCCAAACUCUUUGGAUGCUGAUGGCUGCGAGAGCUGUUGUGGGGCGGAGUCAGAGGACGUUCGGUGGUAAGGACUGACCAGUUUUCAGUCACACGACAUGAGAAGAGAGCCGACGGGCUACUGGGAGACCAGGGUCUGCCUGGUGUCUUUGUGCUAUGGGAACUUUCGCCCGCGAUGGUGAAGCUGGCAGAGAAACACAGGUCCUGCAGUACCGGACUUGGUGUCGAGAGUUGGAGCAGCAGCUGGAAGCAGGAGGGGGAUCCCUUCCAGGCAGGCGGGAAGCCACAGAAGACCACAGCCUGAAGAAAGCACUGCUUCAGUUGGAAGAGGAGCAGCAAAGGUGCGAGAAUCUGGCAGAAGUGAACACUCUCCUGCGGGAGCAGCUCGGUAAAGCGAAUGAGGUUAAUUCAGCCCUCAAAGAAGAUGUUGGAAAACUGACGGCAGAUUGGAUGAGGGCCCGGGAGGAGCUGGAAUUGACGGAGAGUGAAUGGCGCGGUGAACGUGAGCUUUAUGACAGCUGCUUAAGGGGUGAACAGAGCCGUCUGCUCAGCCUGUGGCGUCAGGUGGUAACCUUCCGCCGUCAUUUCCUGGAAAUGAAGACCGCCACUGACCGAGAUUUGUCAGAGCUGAAGGCAGAGCAACUGAGGCUUUCUGGAUCCAUACUUGUAAGCUGCUCCCACCUGAACUCUGGCGUACGGCUCUGGGAGUCCGUCAGUCUGGGUAGACCUGUCCUGAAGGAUGAGGCACAGCAGGAAGCGGAAGAGGAAAUGAGCCAGAAGACUUGGGAAGCGAUGCACUUACAAGUCAAGGGGGACCUGGAGAAGAAGGAGCUUCAGGAGAGGCUGAAGGACUUAGCUGCACUUGAAGAAAAACAUGCGUUAUUACAGAGUGAGUUGGUAGACGCAAGAGAGACACUGGAGGAAUCGCACCUUCAGAGGGAUCUGCUGAAGCAAGAGAAACAUCAGCUUACCAUGGCACUGGAAAAGGCAGAGCAGGCAGUAGCAGAGUUGACAGGGGCUCAGAAUAAGCUGAGUGCUGAAGCAGCUGAUCUACGUGUUGCAACAGCGAAGAUGAGCAGUAUGAAUGAAGCCCUUGCACUGGAUAAAGUGCAACUGAGCAAACUUGUGCUGCAGCUGGAGCAAGAGAAUGAAGCUCUGUCAGGCAAAGUGGGCGAGGUGGAGAGAGCAAAGAUCUCUGAGCAGGAGAAGCUGACCUUGUGUGAACGAACAAAUGAAGAGCUCAGCGCAGAGAAAGCCCACCUGGAGCAGCUGCUGAAGAAGGCAGAGGAGCACCAGGAGGGGCUGCAGGUAGAGCUGAGGAGACUGGCAGAGGAGAAGGCAGAAACCCAAGAGAAGCUCAGUCAGGUUUACCGCCAGCAAGAGUCGGCUAGCAGUGGUCUGGAGCAGCUGCGCCAGGAGUCCUCUCGCCAAGGGCAUGCGCUGGCCAAGGUGUGCAAGGAGAAGGAAUUGCUGGUGCACGAGAAGGCUGCCCUAGAGGUGCGACUGGCAGCCGUGGAGCGGGACAGACAAGGCCUUUCAGAGCAGCUGGCAGAGGCCAGGUCGGCGAAGGAGACCCUGGAAUCCAGCCUGUUUGAGGCUCAGCAGCGCUUAUCUCAGCUGGAGAUCGCCAGGAGUCAGCUUGAAGUCCAACUUCACACCGUCACGCAGGCCAAGGAGGUGAUCCAAGGGGAAGUGAAGUGCCUUCAGUGUGAGCUGGAAGCGGAGAGGACUCUGAUGAGGCAGGAACGGGAAAACAUGGCAGAACGGCUCUUGCAGACAGAACGGCAGUAUGACAACACCCUCAGACUCCGGCAAGCUGAGCAUGAAGUGGAAAUAAGCAAGCUCCUGCAAGACCUGGCAAGCGAGCGGGAAGGGCACCAUUCAGAGGUCCAGGAGAUGCUGGAGCAAUGGGAAAAGGAGAAGGCAGAGACUGAAAGGGAGCACGAGAAGAAGCUGUUUGAUGUGAAGCAGGAAGUUGCUACCGUGCAGAACAUCACGGAAGAGCUGCAAGCAGAGCUGCAGGAAACUCAGAGCAAGACCGAGGCAGUGGAGAAGAGGCACAAGGAAGAAAUCCAAACUGUCAAAGAGGAAAUGAAUAUCCUCCUUCAGCAGCGGGAUGCUCUACAAAACCAGGUGGAAGAGUUGACAUCUCAGCUAGCAGCCUCUGAAGAGCCUCUAAAGAAGGAGGCUGUGACUCUACAUCAAGAGGUGGCGUCUUUGGAAAGGAGACUCGAGAGCACUGAGAAGCAAAGAAAGGAUGUCCUGCAGGAACGGGACAGACUGCAAGCACUUAAAGAAGAACUGGUAUGGGAGAUAAAACUUCUUCAGGAGUCGGUCACAGCCUCUGAGACCCGAGCGACUACAGCAACAGAUAGGCAUCACUCCCUUGAACAAGAACUCCACACCACAGUGUCUCUCCUAAAAAUUAAAAAUGAGGAACUGGAAAUGCAGCGGGAGAAAAUCCAGGUGCUCCAGAAAGAGGCAGCACAGGGAAAAGCUUUGCAGGAGAAUCUCACUCAUGUGACUGCCAUCCUGUCAGAGAGGGAGGGAGAAAUGAAGGUGUACCAGGAACAGAUGAGACUGCUGGAAGAGCAGAAAGAAAUGCACAAAACUGCUCUGGAUCAGGUUAUUAAGGACGUAAGAGAGAAAAACCAGAAGAUAGAAUCCCAGCAAGAAGAGAUACAGGAGCUGGAGAAGCAGCAAGAAGAACAAAGGAUUGCUGUCAGCAAAAUGAGCAAAGACCUGGAAGAGAGAGACCAGGAGAUCAGAUCCCUGAAGACCUUGCAGAAUCUCCAGCUCAGGCUAACCAAGAAGAAUGAAGAGGUUAGACAUCACAGAGAGCAAGAGAAGCUCCUAGAAGCAGCCUUGCACGAGAGGGAACAAGAGACCAAGGCUCAAGGUGAGCAAGAAGAGUUAGACGAGGAAAGAAGAGCUCUUCGGGAAGAUCUCCGGCACGUUCAGCAGACGCUGACAAAGAGGGAUGAAGAGAUCAAGUACCAGAGAGACAGAGUCGGGUAUUUAGAGAAGACUCUGGCAGGGAGAGAACAAGAGCUUAGGAGGCAGAGUGAACUCCUGAAACAAAUAACGUCAGCUUUGCGAUGGAAGGAUGGAGGGGAGACCCUACAGAAACAAAUCCAGAAACUCCGAAAAUGGGAGGAAGAGGAAGCAGAGAAGAGGAGAGUUCUCCAGGAGAGAGACCGUCUCUUGCAAAGGCAGAAGGAGCUAACCCAACAACUGGAAGAUGAGCGGAAAGCAAAGGGGGAAGAAUUGGAGCGUGCGAUUGCUAUUUUGAAGCAGACUGAAAGCGGGGAAAUGGAAUGGAAAGAGAAGGCACAAGCACUGACUCUCGCCCUUACCAAGAGUGAAAUGGCCAAUGGCACGUUGAGGGAAGAAGUAGCCGUCCUGCAGAGUAUGGUUUCAGAGAGGGACACGGACCGGUUUCAUCAUCAGCAGGCUACUGCAGAAGGGGAGCAGCUCUCGUGGCUCUCGGAGAAGAGACUCCUGUCGCAGCGGCUGGAACAUCUGCAGCGAGCAGUUGCAAGGCUGGAAGUUGAGAAGACUGAGCUGAAGCAACUCAAUGCUGAGCUCAGGAGGACUCUUGAGCAGGUGGAACGUGAACGGAGGAGACUGAAGAGAUACUGUAGUGGUCGGUCGCUGCCAGAUGCGUGCGGAUUUUCUCUCUCCGACCAGCACAAGGUGCCUGCUUCUCGACAGGAGGAGUCUCACACGCGCUGCAGUCGUCGAUUAGCUGAGUUGCAGAACCAGGUGUCCCUUCUGCAGACGCAGCUGGCGCAAGAACGCAAAUGCAAGCAGGACUACAUUGAGUGCUGUGCAAAGACCAGCCAGGAGCUGUCAGACCUUCACCGAGAGCUGUCUUGCUCCUUAGCAGCUGUGGUCAGGGAGCCCGAAGCUGCUGUUCUGGAGGCAGAGACUCGGAAGCUGGCUCAGCCUCUCUGAGCCUUCUUUUCCUGUAGAGGAGCAGCUGCAGCAUCACGGGGUUCCUGUCUCGUGCCCUUCCCAGGAAUGCAUUACGUUUUGCUGUGGGAAACGGGCUGCGUUUGUUCUCUUUGCCUUUGCAAGCAUCUCCUGGUGACGGUGGUUUUUAAAGUUUUUUUGAAUAAAAGGAAUUGUGCAGGAC